GACCGCGUUAGGGUUUAAUGCCUCUCAUUCUCUCUUCUUCUUCUUCCUCUUUAGCAGAAGCCGAAAAGCCUCUGCGCCUCAAACCCCCAAACCCCAAACCUCUAAACGUCACCGUUUCAGAGCUGACAAACGAUAAAACCAUAACAAUAACCCAGAAAGUUCAACUGCUCUUUGAAACACCAAUUUUGAGCUCCAAAUGACUGGGAGCUUAGUCGCUAGCUUGGGAUCCGAAAUCCAACCGGGCGGGCACUCGGAUCAUUCAGAUCCUCUAUCUAAUGGUUCAUCCGCUGUGUUGAAUAGAAGAAUCGAGUUCCACCCGGCGAGGAAGGCCUUCAAGGGCUUCAGCAAUGGCGGCGGCGAUUUCCGGCUCGAGACUCUGAACCCCAGCGGCAGUUCGGAGCAGCGGCGUUCCACGUCGAGCCCGGCUCAGUCAGGUUUGACUGGAAAGAAAGGAGAUGGGUCCGAGUUCUUGGAAAAUGGGUUGGAUCCUGAGCUCAGCUUCGGGAUUACCGUGCGCAGAAUUGGUGCUGGUCUGCAAAACCUUGGAAACACUUGCUUUCUCAAUUCAGUGUUGCAGUGCCUAACUUACACAGAGCCUUUAGCAGCAUACCUGCAAAGUAGCAAGCAUCAAAAUUCUUGCCAUAUUGCUGGAUUUUGUGUUUUAUGCGCCAUCCAGAAACAUGUUAGCUGUGCUCUACAAUCAACUGGGAGAAUAUUAGCACCUAACGAUUUUGUCAGGAACUUGCAGUGCAUAUCUCGGAAUUUUCGAAAAGCUAGACAGGAGGAUGCGCACGAGUACAUGGUAAACUUGCUGGAAUCAAUGCAUAAAUGCUGCUUACCUUCUGGAGUGCCUACUGAAUCCCCUAGUGCGUAUGAGAAAAGUUUGGUACACAAGAUUUUUGGAGGUCGCCUCAGGAGCCAGGUUAAAUGCUUGCAAUGUUCUUAUUGCUCCAAUACUUUUGAUCCAUUCUUAGAUUUAAGCCUUGAAAUAUUCAAGGCAGAUUCCUUGCAUAAAGCACUGGCGAACUUCACUGCUGCGGAGCAGUUAGAUGGAGGAGAAAGGCAAUACCAGUGCCAACAUUGCAAGCAGAAAGUUAGGGCUCUCAAACAGCUCACUGUUCACAAGGCACCAUAUGUCCUAACCAUCCAUUUGAAGCGGUUUCAUUCUCAUGAUCCUGGGCAAAAGAUUAAGAAGAAAGUUCACUUUGGUACUACAUUAGAUUUGAAACCCUUUGUCAGUGGUUCCUAUCAGGAGGGAGAUCUGAAAUAUACUCUUUAUGGAGUUUUGGUUCACGAUGGUUGGAACACCCAUUAUGGCCAUUAUACUUGCUUUGUUCGCACUUCAAAUGGCUUUUGGUACUAUCUCAAUGACAAUCAGGUUUCCCCAGCCAGUGAGAAGAGGGUUUUAGAACAGCAAGCUUACAUGUUGUUUUAUGUUCGUGAUAGAAGAAAUGUUGUUCCAAGGAAAAUGCCCGCUGAUGUUGCUCAGAAAGAGAACUUUAAAGCUACUGCUAAUGGAAAUAGAAUAUCUUCCACUUUCAAUCAAGGUUUAAAGGAGACGGUUAAAAAUGGUCCAGUAGAGAAUCAGUUAAGUGGUGCAACCUCUGCGACUGCUGUUACUCGAAAAGAUGCAUCAAAUAUUGGUCCAUCAAUGGCACCCCUUAUGAAGGAAGCAUUGGUUAUAAAAAGAAAUAGCCUGGUAAUGACAGAAUGCUCGGUGGUGAAAAAGGAUUCUGAAUCAGAACCUUUCUCAAAGGUGCCAUUAUCAAACAACCCGCUGGAAGGGCUUCCUGUUACUAAUACAAAAUCAAUAGAAGUCAUAUCACCAUCAGCUCCAUCUAGUAAUGGUGAUGCUUCCAAUCUUGAAAAUAUAACUGAAGGCAAAAUUAGUGACGACAAUGAGAACAGAAGUUCAAAGAAAGACUUGAGAGUCUCAGUUGCAACAUCACCUAACUUCGAUGACCCCCAAAACUCUUCUACUUCUAAACUUGCGAUAGAUGAGACCUCUCAAAAGGUUGGACAUACACCCAAGGAAAUUGCUGUUGGGAAUUCGCUGGUUGUGGAUGCUGGUGGUAGGGUUCAAAAAAUUGUACUUGAUGAGUCCGUAAAAUUAUUUAGCUCAUCAAUCAUGCCAAAUGGAUUACAGACAGAAGCUCAUGAUUGCAAGCGCCACAGAAAACUUAAAAAGAGGGCUCUGAAGUGUCAGGUGGCAAGCAUGCAGCUUCACUCACGCUUCCUUUUCCAGGCAUCCUUAAGUUUGCGGAAGAAGAAGAAACGAAAAAGAAACAGAAGGCAUAUUUUGGACGUAAAGAAUCUUAGCAGAGAACACUUGUUGGAUGGAGACUGCAUCUCAGCAGAUAUGGGGCCAUCUACAUCUGAGAGUAUCCGGACAAUGCCAUUAGAUUUAACUCCACCUCUGAGAAAAGGAACUAAAUCUGGUUCAAAAAAAGGAGCUAAAAAUGCUGCUGCAAAGGGUUUAGUAAACUCUAAUGGUGAUUGCUUGAUGGAUAAUAUGAUAGACGGUGAAUUUAGACACAGAAUUGAUCAGAAUGGAACUGUGCUUGCAAGGGAUAAGCCAUUGGAAAAGAGUUCUGACUCUAUCUCUAGCUCUAGCUUGUUAGCAGACCAGUUGGAUGCAGGAAGACCCAAUGGUCCAAAAGAUAGCAAAAGAGAAGUAGUCCAGAAUGGUUUGAUGAGUAUGCUUACCCGGGGUCUGGAGGAGACAGGGGUUGCUCGUUGGGAUGGUAUAGAGUUGCCUUCAUGUCAGAUUCCAUUAUCAAAUGAUGUGGAGCGUAGCAGCAUCGGUUACAUACCAGAUGAAUGGGAUGAAGAAUAUGACAGGGGAAAGAGAAAGAAGGUAAGGCUCUCCCAGCAUACUUUUGGUGGACCAAAUCUUUUCCAAGAAAUUGCAAUGAAGAAAACUCAAUUUAAGAAGUCUAAGGUGGACCGAGCUAGAUCUGGAAAUCAGCCAUUCAGGAUAUGAAGAAACUAGAUUCACGUCACUGGAGUAUAUGCUUCACUUAUUGUUGUAUUGUUCAACUGAAAUUUUGAGGGGGGAGAGUGCUAGACUGAUCUUUUCUUUUCUGAUUUUUUGCUGUGGAGAGGGAGGGUUGGGGGGUUUUGUAUUUGCCUUGUUCCUGUUGGAACUCAUGUUAGAAAAUUGUAUUGGCUGAACAAUUAAUCUUAUGUUUGAGCAAGCUCGUUUCCUAAUAAAACUAUAAUUAACCAA